GCAGUGCCAAAUACCGUGCAUUUGGCGAGUCGAGAGUCCUGCCGUUGAAUGUGGGAGACGAUACAGCGCGAGUCGAGAUACUUCUUCUGGGACUAGGACGCCCAAGUCCUGAACAACUCAUGUCGUUCGCAACUCGGCAACAUCUCAUAUGAAGGGAACCCCGGUCAGCCGACCCGCGCUACCCAGCUAAGUCACGAUGAUCAACCCCUUCUCGUUCCGGCCGGGACCCGUCACCUUCUGGACCACGGUCACCUAUCUCGCCCUUCUCAUCCCCAUCAUUGUCAUCAACGAGGAGACGCCACCGGCACCACAUGGCGAGUCUCCCGUGAAGGGAACCAAUCUCACCCAGGCCUGGCUUGACCUGGCAACUCUCACUCGAGCCUAUCACCCCUACAACAGCCACUACAACGAUGACCUUAGGCGGUUUCUUCUCGAGCGCAUACGCUCUAUCCUAAACGAGAAUGGGGCGGCUUGGACGAUCGACGGCAAGGGCCCAGAAAACCCGGAUGCCGCUGUCACCGUGUUUGACGACUUGACAUCCAAUUGCACCUUUGCAAUGGCGUCAGGUGUGGUCCCCGACCCCAAGACACCCCAAAUCGCCGCGUACUUUGAGGGCACCAACAUACUUGUUUACAUCAGGGGCAGAUCCGAUGGCCCAGGCAAGUGGUGGGAUGCAGUCGAACCUCACGAUUCCAGGCAGAACGAAAAGGGCUUGACGCUGGUGAACGCUCACUAUGACUCGGUCUCCACUGGGUACGGCGCCACAGACGACGGUAUGGGUGUCGUUACUUGCCUGCAGUUGAUCCAGUACUUUACCCGACCCGAGAACCAGCCCGAUAGAGGCAUAGUGGUCAUGCUCAACAACGGCGAGGAAGACUAUCUGUACGGCGCCCGAGCGCUCGGGCAGCAUCCUCUGAAUCCGUACAUCCACACUUUCUUGAACCUCGAGGGAGCCGGUGCCGGCGGCCGAGCCAUGCUGUUCCGCACCACCGACCGCGAGGUAACGGCCGCCUACGCCGGAUCACCCAAUCCCUUCGGCACCGUCAUCGGCUCCGAUGCCUUCGGACUUGGCUUCAUCAGGAGCGCCACCGAUUACUCGGUUCUCUACGACGUCUACGGCCAGCGCGGUCUCGACCUUGCCUUCUUCAAACCCCGCGCGCGUUAUCACACCAACCAAGACGAUGCCAGGCACGCGUCUAGGGGUAGUCUCUGGCACAUGCUGUCGGCCGCGAUCCACACGACCACCCGCCUGUCCGGCGACACGGGCAACACCUUCGUCGGCCCCCGCCCCGACGGCGCGCGCGGCAAGGUGCGUAACGGCAGUCCGAGUGAGGGAGUGUGGUUCGAUCUCUUCGGCAAGGGAUUCGUGCUCUUUGAUCUCAAGGGCAUGUUCGCAUGGUCGUUGACCCUGCUGAUCGCCACACCGCUCAUCCUCAUACUGGUCAGCUACCUGCUGCAUAGAGCGGAUAAGUACUAUCUGUUCAGCUCGAAGGUCAAGACGGGUUACGAAGCCGAUGACGAGCCCGUGUCGGUCGGGGGAUGGAAGGGCUUCUUCCGGUUCCCCUUCGCGCUCGUUGUAGCCGGGUCGCUGACGCUGGGAGCAGCCUUCUUGAUGAGGAAGGUGAACCCUUUCAUCAUAUACAGCAGUCGAUAUUCCGUUUUGGCCAUGAUGGUGUCGCUGUUCUACUUUACGUUUUGGGUUAUCAUGCGCGGCGCAAGCUCUGUGAGACCCAGCGCUUUGCACAGAACCUAUGUCCAGAUUUGGAUAUUCAUUAUCGGAUGGGCCGCGCUCGUGGCGGUCACUGUUGCGGAGGACAGGCUGAGGAUCGGCGCUGGGUACCCGUCUGUUUUUCUCGGGUCCGCCGUGUUUCUCUCGCUGUUUAUUGCCCUCUGCGAGCAUUUCGCGCUGCCGAAAAAGACGGCCUGGGCCCAGAAACUGCGCGACGAGGAGGAGGAGAGGGAAUACCAUCGCGGCCGUUCUCGCAAUGGUCUCUCGCCAUCCCAACUGCCGCCUCCAGCAUCUACCCGAGAGCCGACAUCCUCCCGACCAGGACCCUCCAACCACUCCACGUCUGUCCCCGGACCAACUCGUGACGGUGACGAGGACGAUGCCGACACUGAGGCCCCGACCGAACGGACCCCGCUCGUAGGCGGCAGCGCGGCCAGUGACCAACCAGCCCGAACCACUUUCGCGACAACCUAUCGGCGCUCCAUCUCGGCCCUCGUCAGCGGCGCCGCCCGACGCUACAGCGACAGCGGCCUCCCCCAUCCCUCCCCCUUCGAGAACGAACAGGCUUGGUCCGGCCGCCUCCCCUCGUGGGCCUGGAUCCUGCAAUUCCUCCUGCUGGGGCCCUUCAUCAUCAUCCUCGUGGCUCAGACCGCGCUCAUGCUCGUCGACGCCGUCCACCAGACCGGGGCCGACGGCAGCAACCUGCUCCUCCCCUACCUGAUUGCUUUUCUAUCCGCCGUUUUGCUGCUCCUCCCGCUGGCGCCCUUCAUCCACCGCGUGACGCAUCACCUGCCGGUCUUCUUGAUGGUCGUGUUCGUCGCGACGCUGGUGUACAACCUCGUCGCGUUCCCCUUCUCGGCGGGGGCGCGGUACAAGGUGUACUUCUCGCAGACGCUGGACCUCGACCACGGGACGAAUAGGGUGUGCUACGACGGCGUGGAGGAGUACGUCCGUUCAAUCAUCGCGUCGCUGCCCUCGGCUUCGGGCAAGGCGGUGGACUGCGGCGUGUCGAGGAGGCUGGGGCUUGCGAGCUGCUGCUUUGACGGCUCAGAGUCGAGGCCGAGGCUUACAGAUUUCCCUGUCGAUGGGCCGUUUGCUAAAGAGCAGAAAGAAGAGGGAGACGAGGGCUAUAGCGGGUUGGUAACGGUCAACGCCUCGCGGACGGGGCCGAGUGCCGCUAGGCUCGAGGUCGCGGCGAACAACACCAAGGCUUGCUUCUUGGAGUUCGAGGCGCCCGUUUCCCGGCUGUCUGUGCACGGCAGCUCCGGAUGGGAUGCGCGGUUCGGCCAGCUCUCCGAUGCGGGGAUCACGCAGUUCCGGAUGUGGCAUCGGAAGUGGAACGAGAAGUGGGUCGUGGAUGUCGAGUGGAAGGAUCCUGCUGAAGAUGACGGCCCCAUCCCUACCGAGCAGGGGGCCGAUCACGAGGAGGCCCUGCUUCUGGGAGAUGGGGAGCUGAGAAAGCGGGAGAAGGGCUUGAAGGGUGCGGUGGUGUGCAAGUGGAGCGACGCAAACGUCCGUGGCACGAUCCCAGCGCUGGACGAGGCGCUCCAAUUUGUGCCGGCGUGGGUAGCGGUUACGAAGCUGUCGGAGGGACUCGUGGAUGGGAGAAAACGGUUCGAGGUGUAAAAGGGGGCAGGGACCCCCCCGACUCUUUAGGUUCGAAGUGCCGUUGAUGGUCUACACGGUUAUCCUUCCCUUUUUUUGCCCCCUUUCUUUUUCUUUUUAUGGGUCACGGUUCAGCGCUUCGAUGCAAACGGCGUUUGUUUG